AACCCUGCAGAGGCCAGAGGGGGCCUCGCAUCUGAUUUUGCCAGUGGCCGUCUGUGCGCCGGCAUGAAGCGCACGGUGAGCGAGGGUGAGGGCGGCGGGCGCAAGGACGGCAUACUCGGCGGCAACGACGAGGCGGCCGUCGGGCCGCACCAGGCCAUCCGACUCGCACUGCUCGGCGCAGGGCCUUACGGUAGUGAGAAUGAAAUGAAGAAUGCACCUGCGGCUGGAUGGAUGGAUGGCCGUGUGUGCGGUGUUUGUGAUUAUUGUCCACACACGCCUGCAGCUCGUGAGAUAGUGGUGCCGAUUCUGCUGCAGCUGCCGGCCUUCCACCUCAAGGCCGUCUGGUCCCGCACAGAGCGGUCGGCGGCCUACCUCAACAGCCUCAGUGCGGGCGGGUCGCUCGAGACCUACUGGGGCGGACACUUCUUCAGGAACGAACUCACGCCAGAGAAACAGCCAUACCAGCAAUGCCAUCAGGAGGAGGGCAAAAAUGGUGGCAGUGGUAGUGGUGGUGGUGGUGGCAAGGAGGAGAGUGGCGGUGGGGGAGAGGGCGCUUCAGGGAUGGGUAGCAGUGACAACACCAGUAGGGGGCUGGAGGACCUGCUGCGGCGGGCUGACAUCGACGGCGUUGUCAUUGCGCUGCCCGGGCUAGUCACCGUGAGGGACAGAGAGAGAGAGAGAGAGGCCAAUGCAAUUCCAUCUGUGUGUUCUCUGUGCUGUGGCGAGUAAUGCCUCUCUCUUCUCUUCUCUGUUUGUGUGCAGCCGUCGUUUGUGUUGCGAGUGUUGCGUGCGGGGAAGCACGUCUACAGCAGCGGGCCGAUAGCGCUUGACGAGAAGACGGGCGCCAGCCUGAUGCAGAUGUACCACGCCAAGUUCGCCGCCAAACUCACAUGGUCCGUCGGCAUGGACAUCAGAUACGAAUCGGCGUUCACCAAGGCAAGCUAGGGAUGGAAGGGAAGGAAGGCACACACACACACACACACACACACACACACAAAGGCCUGCAAAGACACACACACACACACAAAGGCCUGCAAAGACACACACACACACAAAGGCCUGCAAAGACACACACACACACACAAAGGCCUGCAAAGACACACACAACGGAUGGAUGGAUGGAUGGAGGGGCGUGUUGGUGUGUGGUGUGUGUGUGAAGGUGCGGAUGAUGCUGCCUGAUCUAGGAGAUGUGUUGGGCGCGCAGCUGCUGGGUAACUUGGGUUGGGUGGGGCCGUGGGAUCCUGUGCAGAUGGAUGACGCCGCUGUGUGUGUGCGUGCGCGUGUGUGUGAUGCAGCUGUUCGUGCGGUCGGUGCUGGCGACCACGCCACACUCGCACACCUCCGCAAACAGGCCAACCAGCCUGGUGGGUUCACUCGCCCACUACACACACACACACACAGAGAGAGAGAGAGAGAGCGAGAGAGAUGUGUGUGGUGGUGGUUUUGGUGCCAACCAACAGGUGGUCUGUUGCGUGAGAUGCUGAUGCCGUAUGUGGGCAUCAUGCGCAAGAUACUAGGUGGGGAGGGAGGAUGCACUGCACUGCACGUGUGUUGUGUGUCGGGUCGGUCACACACAUCGAUGUAUGUGGUGUGAUUGAUGUGCGAUUGUGUGUGUGUCGACAGGCGACGUUGCGUGUGUGGCGGCGUUCCCGUCACGACACAACGAGUUGUUCAGCACUUACGGUGGGUAUGGGUAUGGUAUCCCUUCACGCUUUCAUGCCGUCCAGUCCACACACCACAUAAGUGUAAGUGUGUGUGUGUGUGUGUGUUGUGGAUGGAUGGAUGGCGAUAUAGAUACGUUGGAUGGGGUCAUCUACUUCGAGUCGGGCACCUCGGCGACGGUGAGCGUGAGCCUGGCCAGCCAGGGGCCCUCCUUCCUCCUCACUGUCACCGGCACCAACGGCAAAUUCGUAGUCAAGAAUAACACCAUGCAAGGAGGUGUCCUGCUGUCCACACCCACACACACCCACAGACACACCCACAGACACACAUCGGGUGUAUAUGUGUGUGUGUGUCUGCCAGGUUACACCGUUCAGCGUUGUCUGCAGCAUUUCGAGCACCCCAUGCUGCACCCAACAUCUGGCACGGCCUUCGCCAUCCAGGUGAGGUGGGUCGCACACCACACCACACCACACGACGCAACACAACACGACACAGGCAAUCGAUCAACUGCCCCAAUUCUAUGGGCGGUGUGUGUGUGUGUGUGCGUGUGUAGGCGUGGGGCGAGGCCGUGCGCCACGAGCAGCCCGACGUCUGGAACACACCAGUGCAGGUCAGCCAGCCAAGAGACCCAGAGGCAGGUUGUGGAGUGGAUGGAGAUGCGAUGCGAUGCCGAAUUCCAUUGCAUUCAUACCAGGCGUUGCACGAUCUGUCGGUGUCGAUGACGUUGGCGCAGUCCAAGGGGAUGCCCAUCCGGUUCAGGGAGAAGGGGCCCAACUGACACACAACACACAACACAACACAACACACCAUCAAGGAUGGAAGGACGUAGCGAGCGACGGACGGACGGACGACGGACGGACAGACACCACACCUAGGGGCCUGCCUGCCUGCAUGCCUGUGUGUAUCUGUGUGUGUCUGUGUCUCUAUGGGGUGCGUGUGGUGUGCAUAAUGAUGAGACUGACUGGUUGGUUGGCUUCCCGCAUGGUUGUGAGUGUCUGUCGUGGCCAGUGG